CUUCUCGUGAAUUGGCUACAGUUGGAAUCGUAUGGGUCUACUUUCACUUGUGGCGGACGUGGUGGUCAGCUCCACGGCCAUUGCUGCUGUCCGUCGGUCGUUUGGUUACUCACUGCCGACAGGCAUGAUCAAGCAUCCAACGGCUAAGAUGGUGGUGGACGGCUACCUCGGGCUCGGCGAGUUUACGCUCCAGAAAGGCAUCGAGAUGGCCGCCAAGCUCUCCGAGAACUCGCCGGCCCACCAGGCGACGACCAUGAGCAACGCCAUCAAGGACCCCAAGGGCAAGUCCAAGUCCAAGUGAACUGGGCUUGUUGCAGCAGCCGGCCAAGAUGCGGGCUGCGGACGAGCAUCUCACCUACGCUGCGACGCAGAUGCUCCUCCCGGGUGCAGGUCAAGAGACACUUGCUGCGCAUAGGUAAACCACUACAUUGUCGUG